UUUCGGAGCAUCCCAAGGAGUAUGAAGGAAAAAAUGGGGUUUCCAUAUAACAAGCUUGACACCGACCAGAAACAGAUUCGUCUGUUAAGUAUCAUCCCCGACACGAACACCGACGCUAUAGUCAGAUGUACUAUACAGUCCGUGUCGCUGCGAGGGCAGCAACCAAAAUACGAGGCACUCUCCUACGUUUGGGGUGAUCCUAAUGCGACGGAAAGUGUCUUGGUAGAGGGAUACCGAUUUCCCGUCACACAUAACCUCUUCGCGGCAUUACGCAUGCUACGUCGGCCCAAACAGCCACGUACCAUCUGGGUCGACUAUAUCUGCAUCAAUCAGACAGACACGGAUGAGAAGAACACCCAGGUCGCCAUGAUGGGGGACAUAUAUCGCGAAGCCCGGAAGGUUAUCGCUCUCCUAGCCGACAAGUCGUUACAGUACAUGGGCAAGCCCGUUUCUUUAGAUUUGUUGCAAAUAGGAGUGACCUGGACCAUGAGAUAUGUUGGUAAGAAAUUCAAUCGGCAGACAAUGUACUGGUGGAAGCUUGACAUCACAAGUCGCUUUUCUACGCGAGCCCGUCGGAAAAAGGAGAUCUCUCUUGUCCGUGCGAGCAGUGGCAUCCUGGACUUAGUGAAGCUGCCAUACUGGAACCGGAUGUGGACCUACCAGGAAUACCAAGUGGCGACGCAAGACCCAACCUGCAUCUGCGGUAAUGUCGCUUUCAAAAUGUCGCUCAUUGACCCCGAGAGAAUCAAGCAAUUGCAUGUCGUGGCGGAUGAGAUAAAACGGAGGAAUGUGCCAUCAGCAGAGCAAGAUAAAGAGACCAGGGCGCAUUGCCAGCAGGUCCAAGAGACCACUAUGAGUAUCAAUGGUAGUGAUGAUGAUAUUCGUGGUAUUUUAUCAUCACCGCAAGAUUACCAGCGACAGGACCUCACACGGGUUCCGUUCGCCUGGAGCCUUGUUUUGACCAACCACCGCCAGUGUUCCGAUCCCCGCGACAAAAUCUAUGGUUGCUACAGUUUCUCCCCCCAGGUGCAGAAGGUGUACCCGCCGGACUACAGGAAGCCCGCUGAGCAGGUUUUUCUAGAGACAACGGAGUACCUCGUCAAUCGUGAGCGCAUGGGUACUAUGUACCAUUUCCUGUCUCUCCGGGGUGAUCAUCUGACAGGGAGCCUGCCGUCAUGGCUUCCUGAUUACACGAAGUUAUCCUACCGGAUGAUACAAUCACAGACAAUCCCUUGGGAGAUCCACGAUGACCUUUGGGACCCGGUCAAGGGCUGUCUGCCGCGCGUGUCACAUGAUCUAUCUACUUUGCAUCUGUGGGUACGCAAGGCCGGAUACUGUACAGCGGUAUUCAAGUUCGGGUCUGAUUUGGAGACGGUUGCUUCGCAGAUUAUUGACGCCAUUACUGACGAACGCCAUGUGCUGUGGAUAGAGGCCUGGGAGCCAGGAUCUGUUCACAGGAGGUUCAUCGAUGCUUGUAUCUUCAAUACCAACCGAUACGGAGACUUCAAAACGGAAGAAAUCCUAGAAGCUCUACACCAGGUCGCUCGGGGGUUUAGACCUGAGCGGGACACGAGACAGAGGCUAUGCUCGGAUAUGUUAAGAAAUCAACUCCCGGUGAAUUACGGAAAGCUCGUGCUACAGGUACAGGACUCUUGGGGCCGUGCCUUUGCUAUUAGGCAGCUAGCAACAGCGACUGGUGGCAUUAUCACAGGUGUUUAG